CGUUGAACGCGUUUUAAGGUCCGACAUCUGGCUUAGAACACAGCGCGUUAUAUACCGCUUUGCCUCUCGCUUCUCUCGGUACCUUACUAAUUAUUUUUCUUGUGUAUGUGCAUUUUGUAUUUCAUUUCCACAUUUUCUUCGCUCAUUAAUCUCUGCUUUCACCGACACAUGUACGAAACUCUGCCCGACCAGUUGAUGUUGCAGCACAGAAAUUGCCCAUUACCUUUUUUCCUCCUUCACAGCUUUUUCACGUGUUCUCAAAUUUUCUAGAGUCGUUAUAUACAUAGGUUUGCCAUUUAUAUGCUGGUUCAGCUUUCAGAACGACCUGUGAAAAGGAUUUGCGAUCGAUCCAGUCAACGAUAUAAUACAAGUGGUUGGAGAGUUUCAGGAGUUUUGAGGUUUUGAAGAAUGAGGAUGAGCUGUAAUGGGUGCCGCGUUCUGAGAAAGGGUUGCAAUGAAAACUGCAGUAUAAGGCCUUGUUUGGAGUGGAUUAAGAACGCCGAAUCUCAAGCAAAUGCUACUGUCUUCCUUGCAAAGUUCUAUGGCCGUGCUGGUCUCACCAGCCUCAUCAACGCCGGCCCACAGCAUCUCAGGCCUGCUAUAUUUAGGUCUCUGUUGUACGAAGCAUGCGGGAGAAUGGUGAAUCCUAUAUAUGGAGCAGUGGGUCUUUUGUGGUCAGGCAAUUGGCAAACAUGCCAGGCAGCAGUAGAAAGCAUCUUGAAAGGCUGCCCAAUACAUCCAAUUGCGCCAGCGGAGGCCUUCACAUCGCCAGGCGCUCAGAUCACAGAACAGGCCAACAACAAAACCAAUCUUCUUCCUCCAUCGGCAUUGAUGCAAUCAAUUGCCAACGAGCUUCACAAAGUUAAAACGAAGGGCAGAUUUAAGCAUCCCAAGAAGGCCUCCAAAUUGCCCAAAGACAUUGCACACAUAAUUUCCGAUGCAGAAGCCGCCUCCGAAGUCUGCAAUUUGCAGUGGGGACGAGGUUACCCAGGCGAAGAAGACGCUCACCAUUGUCUUGUUUCGAGCGAUUCCAGCAGCGAAUCUGAGCAUAAUUGCAAUGAUGUCAGAAAGAGCAGAGCAGAAUUCGAACCCGAGACCGAUUUGUGCACACCACAAGCCAAGGAUUUGAUAACCCAACAGGAACUGCCUCACACUGAGUGCGAAUCAGAUUUAGAGCUAGAACUGACACUGUGUUGUCAUUCGCCUAUUUUAAAGCAGUCAAAUAUUCCGUGCCUGUAAUCACAGACAGCUUUAUUGGGCUUGAAUUAUUGAGUUUGAGGUUGCUGCAAACUCAAAUAAUGGUUAUAAUUGUAAUCGUCACUGUCAAGUUUGUGUAAAAUAGAGUCUUUUGCACUACAGGCGGCUUAUAGGCAGGGCAGGUUGGUGGGUGAAUGAUUGAUUGGACAGUCAAAACAUGUUUAGAUUUUAAAACAAUUGUUGCAGGUAUAGUAGUCAAAUUAGGAGCUUGUAAAGAGCAAACUGACCACUGUAGAAAACGUUGUCUACAAGUUUUUUUGUACUGGGCUUUCAGAGGGGGACUAAAUACAUUGGACAUUUAAAGCUUUUUGUAA